GAGUGCAACACGGGCGUCGUCGUGUCUUCGUCGUCGAUCCCGAUAUCGAGCAUUGCGCCGGGGCUGUCGCCGAUCGAUCAUGAAGGACGUCUUCAAUCAGCUAGAAAAAGACGGCUUUGUCGUAUUGGAAGACUUCUUUAAACCAGAGGAAGUGGACGAAUUAAAGUCCGCCGGGGAGGAAUUUACGACGAAUUUACCACCCGAAGAAGACAGGAAGGUCUUCAAUACGGUCGAUAACCAACAGAGCAAAGACCGUUACUUCUUUGAAAGUGCAAACAAAGUAAGUUACUUUUUUGAAUCGGAAGCUUUGGAAGAAGAUGGGAAAUUAAAAGUUCAUCCCCGGAUAUCCCUUAAUAAGGUCGGACAUGCCUUACAUUGGUUGCAUCCCGUCUUUAAAAAGUACACGUUCAGUGAGAAAGUUAAGGAAGUUGCAUUUCAACUGGAGCUGAUCGAACCGGCCAUCUGCCAGUCUAUGUACAUUUAUAAAAAUCCAGGAGUGGGUUCUGAAGUCGUUGUACACCAAGACUCCAGUUACUUGUACACCGAUCCAGUCAAGCUCGUCAGCUUCUGGAUAGCUCUGGACGACGCAACCAAAGAAAACAGCUGCCUUUGGAUAGCCCAGGGCUCGCAUAAAAGUGGCGUGCACAGGCGUUACUUGAAGAACAAGGACCCGCAAGCGCAAGAGUUAUUUGUCUACGAUAAGCCGGUGGCUUACUACCAACAGAGCUCCUUUCGACAGGUAGUGGCGCGUAAGGGCACCUGCAUACUUUUACACGGCCAGGUUCUCCACUACUCGGAGGCCAAUAAGAGCAAGGUGUCGCGACACGCGUACACGUUUAAUGUCAUUGAGACACAACACGUCAACUACUCGAGAGACAACUGGAUACAGCCGCCAAAAAACGGCUUCCCUCUUCUUUAUUCAAAUUGAACCCACCGUGGACUUGGCAUCGAAAUUUAAAUAAUAAAUAAGCUCGUAACAACCACGCAUUGUUUCGCUUUCUGAACAAAUGUGCAAAGUUUAAAAAGACGAAAAUAAAAUAAUAUCCUAAGCAUUGAAA